GCCUAAAGUCAGGCCGCGCAACCUGCCUUUAAUCACCAGAAACGACCAUUGCUUUACCAACUGGCCUACGUACCUACACGACAGAGGAACUUACUUCGUUCCCUACUCAGCUACAUGCUCACCCACCACAUAAUGGAUUCUCAAACCCAAACCCACGGAGAUCAAGACCAACAAAACCCCUCUGGCUACGAACCUACCUGGCCUAAGGACCUGGGCAUCUCCCCCAUGCCGGCGGCCUCAAUCUUCCAGUUCAUCACCCGCUUCUACCAAGUAUCCGACAACCCGGAUCUGACCGAAGAAUGGCUCAGCUUUUUCGGGGAGGAAGCCAAGGUCGUGAUGGGCGAGAAGGUUGCUGAGGGGAAGGAUGAGCUUCGUGUCCUAAGAAAGGGAAUGUGGGAAAAGAUCAAGACGAGGAAGCAUACAGUUCAGAAGGGGUUUCCGGGUAUGUUCCCUCUUACUGGACCGUUGGGAGGAGGGGGGGUGAAAGGUGACGGUGUCCUGAACUUGGAGUUUAUGAUAUAUGGGACUGUGCUUUAUACGUUGAGGGAGACAGGCAAAGAGGAGAAGAUGGAUUGGGCGGCGCAUGGGAUAUUGGUUAGAAGGGAAUUGGAGGACGGAGAGGAGAAGAUGAAGAAGAAGGAAGGUGGUGGUCGUGGUAGUUCUGAUGGCAAAGCAUCCGCAAGGGGAAAUACUUCGCCAUUUGUGUUUGGGAGAUAUAGAGUAUAUUUGUCUUCUGGCGUUGAGUAGUGUAGUGGGAGGAUAGACACGUGGAGAUUCCCUUUGUAAGAUGACAAGAUAGCACUUGGAGAUUUGAUGGAAGAGUAUGGUCUGGUAAUGGGAUUUGGAUUGCGAUCGUGGUUUGGGGUGAUAUUCGUUGUAGACAAUUAGUAUCAGUUUCGCACUA